ACGAAGGCCUCUUGGACAUCGUAAAGAGUGAUCUCUUGGACACCGUAAAGAGUGAUCUCUUGGACACAGUAAAGAGUGAUCUCUUGGACAUCGUAAAGAGUGACCUCUUGAACAUCGUAAAGAGUGACCUCUUGGACAUCGUAAAGAGUGAUCUCUUGGACAUCGUAAAGAGUGACCUCUUGGACAUCGUAAAGAAUGAUCUCUUGGACAUCAUAAAGAGUGAUCUCUUGGACAUCAUAAAGAGUGACCUCUUGGAAAUCGUAAAGAGUGAUCUCUUGGACAUUGUAAAGAGUGGAUGUGAGAGCGUGAAGAUGUUGGGCAGAUACUCCCUCCUUCCCUACUGGCCCUCCAUAGUGCUGGUGGUGACCCCCGUCGUCUUCAGCUUUCUCCCUCUGUGUUGGGACACCCAGGCAGCCAGAUGCGGCUACGUCAUUGUGGUAAUGGCGGUGUACUGGAUGACGGAGGCUGUGCCUCUAGCGGUCACCGCCCUCAUCCCCGUCUUCGCCUUCCCCCUGCUGGGCGUCCUCUCCACCGGCGCCACCUGCAUCGUCUACAUGAAGGAAGCCAACAUGAUGUUCCUGGGCGGCCUCACCGUUGCCAUCGCCGUCGAGCACUGUAAUCUGCACCGACGCAUCGCUCUACGAGUCAUCCUCCUCGUCGGUCAAUCACCACGCAGGCUGAUGGCCGGCUUCAUGUUAACAACCAUGUUCUUGUCCAUGUGGAUCUCCAACACCGCCACCACGGCUAUGAUGGUGCCUAUAGUGGACGCCAUCCUGGUGGAGCUCUAUGCGGGUCAGACUGACGAGGAAGAGAGCGGCGGAGAUAAUGUGUUUCCUCCUGGAGAGACCCAGAGUGUCCCGGGUCACAAUACAGGGCAACAACAUCUCCCCAAUGAGAACAAGACUGGCAAGCUGGAGGAGGUGAGAGUGAAGAAGAUGCCGAAGGACCUGGACCACUCGGGCCUCACCACGGUGCCUCCCAAUGAAUCAUGUCGGGCGCUGAGGGACAUGUGCUUCCUGGCUACCGCCUACUCUGCCAACCUGGGGGGCACAGGCUCCCUAACCGGCUCCGCUCCCAACCUUGUCAUCAAGAGCGUCCUGGCCAGCACCUACAGCGAGGCUACUGGUCUAAACUUCCUGUCAUGGAUGGUCUUCAACGUCCCGGGCAUGUUGCUGUGUGUGGUCCUAGCCUGGCUGUGGCUCCAGCUCUACUUCUCAGGAAUAUUGUGUGGCGGAAAGAAAAAAAUGAUAAAGGAUCCCUCAGAGGAACGAAAGAAGGCGGUGAAGGAGGUGAUCUUGGCCAAGUACCGGGAGCUGGGCGUGAUCACCUUCCAGGAGGUGUUGGUGCUGAGUCUCUUCAUCAUCUUGGUGCUGCUGUGGCUCUUCAGGGCCCCCGAGUUCAUCCCAGGAUGGGCAGACUGGUUCCAAGAAACAUAUGGCGUGAAGGUUAAUGAUGCGACCCCGGCCAUGUUAAUAGUGUUCCUGCUGUUUGUCCUGCCAGCCAACCUUAACUUCUGCUGCUUCACUCACGGUGAGGAGAAGCGUGUGGAGGAGAACGCGUGCCUGACGUGGAAGGUGGUGCAGGAGAGGAUCCCGUGGGGCGUGGUGUUGCUGCUGGGGGGCGGCUUCGCCAUGGCCGAGGGCGCCAAGGUCUCGGGCCUCUCCCAGUGGAUGGGGGAGUCGCUCAAAGGCUUGAAUGGCUUAGACAGUGUUUACAUCGUGAUGAUAGUCACUUUCUCGACCGCCAUGCUGACGGAGGUGGCUUCCAACACUGCCACAGCUUCUAUAUUGCUUCCUGUUCUGAACGAGUUGGCGCUGAACAUACAGGUGAACCCCAUCUACCUCAUGCUGCCUGCCACUGUGUGCUGCUCCUAUGCCUUCAUGCUGCCAGUGGCCACACCCCCUAAUGCUAUAGUCUUCGGCGCUGCCAACAUGCACACAACACAGAUGAUGUACGCGGGUGUAGUGAUGAACAUCAUCAGCAUCGUGGUCAUCAACGUGAUGAUUAAUACCCUGGGAGUGUACAUGUUCGACCUCAACACCAUGCCGCCCUGGGUCAACUCUACCCUCUCCCAGUAGCCACACCUGCUCUCCCAGUAGCGCCACCAGCCACACCUGCUCUCCCAGUAGCGCCACCAGCCACACCUGCUCUCCCAGUAG